AUGAUCUGCGUCAUACUGCUCGCCGACGGUACUCGAGUCGACUCGGCCAGCCUCCUCGGUAUGGGCACCGAUGGUUUCAUCCUUCGAAGUGGCGACUACGUGCUGAAAGCACCCAAACUAUACGGAUACAUGGACGGCAAAGGAACCGUCCAGAAGGAUGAUGAUAACUUGAUACAUCUCACCCAUCUCGACGCAGAAAAGGAAGUCUACCAAAGAUUGCAAGGCGUUCCUGGUGUUGCAGACUUCAUCUCAUGUUCACCCAAUGGGAAUGGCUCCUUAGCGGAGUACAUAAAGGGCCGUGGCCCGCCGUCACUAUAUACCAGGUGGGCCUGGACUGUGCAAGCCACGGAUGCUGUCAAGAACUGUCAUGACAAAGGCGUACUGGUCUUUGACAUUGCACUUCGCAAUUUCGUCCUGGCCGAUGACAUGGGCCUGAGGAUGAUUGAUUUUGCCAAUAGUGCACUCUUGCCACCCGACUCAAGCAACGAUAUGAGCAAGGUCGAUGUCGAUGGUUGUACUGUUGCUCUGGACAUCUUUCAUCUCAGCAAUGUGAUCUACUCACUUCUGGCACGGCGUGAGUUUCACAUUGAUUGUGCCUAUGAGAGCGAAUGGCCGGCCUUGAGUGAUCUACCCUGCGUGAACGAUGUCCCUAAUGGGCAUAUUGUACGAAAGUGCUGGAUGAACGGGUACGCGACGGUUCGUGAGCUGCAAGAAGAUCUACACUCUUGCUCUGUACAAUCUAUGCUAUGA